GGCUCAGGCCUCGCCCGGGUUCUACGGCACCCGCCCUCCCCUCUCUCCGUCUUCUCUCUCUCUCUCUCUCUUCAUCUCUCCGGCAGCCCUGCAGUGCGGCCUCGCGGCCGGGACGGGGAAGAUGCGAAGCCUGUUCUCGUCCAGCAAGGACGGCCCCGUGGAGCUGCUCGAGGAGGACGACAGCGCCGCCACCGCCUGGCAGCAGGGGCCCGUCAGCGGCGGCUCCGCCUGGCAGCAGGCGGCGGACGGCGGCGGCGGAGCGCCUUGGAGCCAGGCACGGAGCGUGCGGGAGCAGCUGCAGUCGGAGCUCCGGCGCGAGAAGGCAAGCCCAGCGGUGCCGGCGGCCGAUGCCGCGUCACCAGGCAAGAGGGACCGGUCCCAGAACCGCAGGAAGAAGAAGGAUCACGAGGACAGGACUUCGUUCACCCCCCUGGCGAGCCCGCAGCCGGAGGCCGCCAGGCCGUUCGGCGGCCUCGACGGGGGCGCCCCGCCCUUCGGGCCUCGGCCAGGGGCGGCGCCGUCG